UUUGUCGCGCAUGUCACGUAACAGGGUAAAGAUGACAGACCAUAAGACGAAUAUUACUACGUUGCCGUCGGAACUGUUGAUAAUAAUCUUCGAAUAUUGUAGUGCAUUCGAUUUGGUGAGGCUCAGUCAAGUAUGCCAGCGAUUUCACGAGAUAAUAAAGAGGGACUUACUCUGGUUCAAAAAGAGUUAUUUACCGCUCGCUACGAAUCAAAAAUCGGAAAGAUUUCGUGAAAGAUGUAGCCAGGUAUUGUGUAAUCGUUCCAAGUGGCGUGUAUCCUAUAAUUGGCAAUAUGGGAAAUAUGCCAAGAAGUUCUUACUUCCACAACGUAUGAAUGCAAUACCAAAGAUAUUUUUGAAAUCAGAUAAACUCUGGUGGUGCGGUAACAAUUUACUUACUUGCUUCAAUCGUACAAAAUUCUUCGACAUGGGAAACAACACAAGUUUUAAAUGUAUCAAUAAUAUAUGUGACUUUAGCACAUUUGUUCUGAUGAGAGAUUUUAUCGUAACUGGCGGUAGUUGCGGUGAUCUAAAUUAUUGGUUAAUUGAUGGAAAGUUCAUCCAUGUUACACACGCUCAUGCCAAUGACAUUAACGCCAUGGAUGCAACAUCAGAAGUUAUUCUUACAAGUUCGCUCAACAAAGUAAAGGUAUUUCCUGUGCCUGUGAAAAAUGACAAUUCGCUAAGAUUUUACGAUUACUGUCUUUAUUCUAUGAUUACAACUGACAAGAUUUGGUCGAUUAAGGCUGAUAUUGAAGGCACGAAGUUUGCCAUUGGCACGUCAGCGAAUGAGAGCAUGCCUCUCCAAAUAUAUAACAUUGAAAGAAUGCAAUGUUUGAUGGAGCUGAGUCACAACUGGCGACGUGGCGCUGGAAUACUAGACAUGGUAUGGGAGGAUCCGCACACUAUACUCUCAUGUGGCUACGACACGUUUAUUCGAAAAUGGGACAUGAGAUGCGGGAGAUGCGUAAACUCGUGGGCGGAUCCCACCGAUGCAACGUUAUAUUGCAUCUCGUCUGAUUACCACAAUACCAUGAUUGCGGGAACGCAGUUCAAUUGCAUGGCUGUUCUGUGGGAUCAAAGGCAGCGAGAAUACAUGCAGCUUUAUUUUAUGAAGUGUCCAGGCAAUCGCAACAAAUCACCAAUUUACUCGUUAGACUUCGACAGUACUCAUUUAUAUUGUACUACAGAUCGAUACUUGGUCGAACUGGAUUUUUACGGAAAUACUAAACAAUCGUUCAAUUACAAUGGUAUGAUAAAAUAAUGAGAAAGGCGGGCGUGCUAAACGGGAAUUAAAUUUUAGAAAUUGACGGUACAUACGACGACAAGAGGGCAAGAAAUUUGACGGUCGAGUAAAUAAGAAUGAAGAAAAGAUACCUGUGUAUAUUUCCCCGAAGUAUUGUAUAAAAGUAGCGAAUAUU